AUGUCUUCAGAAGAGCUUACAUAUGCAGUCCAAAAUGGAGAUUUAGAGUUUUUGAGAAAUUGUGUAGCUUCUAAUAAACCCAAUGAACACUACUUCAAACUAACAAAGGAAAAAAGCAACAUAUUCCACCUUGCUGUAUGUUCAAACAGACUAGAUUUCAUAAAAGAAGCAAUCAAAAUAUUACCUUUUAAAACCAUACAAAAUAUCUUCUUGGAUCAAUCCAAUGAACAAGAAAUGAACCCUCUUCAUUUUGCUGCUGUGACAGGCAAUAUUGAGAUUGUAAAGCUGAUUUUAGAUGUGUACAGACUAUCCCCACCAUUACCAGAUAUUCCUGAAAGGCCAUGGUUAGCUAAGACUGUUGAUGGGGCCAGCCCAUGUCAUUUUGCUAUUGGGCUGGGUCAUGAGGCUUGUGGGUUGGAGAUUUGGAGGAUGGAUAUGGAGAAUCUUUCGGACAUUCUGGUUAAUGAUGGGUCAUCUUUGCUUGGGCAUGCUGUUGAAAAAGGGUUUACUAAAAUGGCUUUGGAGAUGUUGAGGUCUCCCUUUUGUGUUAGAUGUACACAUUCUAAUGGGUACACUGCUUUGCAUUAUGUUGCACAUUGCUCAUCAGGAUCAAAGGAAGAAAUAUGUAGAAGAUUGCUUGAAAGAGAUCCAGAGCAAAUUACACAAAAAACCAUAGACAAAUUUCCAGUGCUUCAUUAUUGGGCAAUACAAAAUAAGUUGUGGCCUUUUGAAGUACUCCUAAGGAGCGAUGACAUUGUUCCUAAUGUAAGGAAAAUAUUUGUAGACUUAAUGUCUUCAAUUGAUGAUAAAAAUGGGUUCACCCCUCUUCAUAUAUUGGCCGUACAAGAUAGCUCAAGUGAAGAAAAUGUAGAAAUAGCCAAACUUCUUAUAGAGACUUGCAAACAAGAAGUAGAAUCAUCACAAAUGUCAAGAACCUUAGAAGACAUCAUUUUAUAUUUGACUUCUAUUCGUUUUCGUUAA